GGUGACCGCCGGCUGGUGCGCUGCCCUCGCCUCUCCCCAUUGUUCCUACUGUCUUUUUGCCUUUUGUUAUUUGCACUCGCAUUGUGUUGUUUGUCUCUGAAGCCGCCUCAUGACCAGCAAAGGGAUUUCACCUCGUCCUUGAGAGCUACACGGGGAUCGCGAGCGAGCGAGAGACCGGGGAGAGGGACGCGCGCGCGCACACACUCACACACACUCACACACACAGACACACACACACACAGAGUGAGAAAGGCGAGCCACCAAACCCAUCUCCACUCUCCUCCCGGGGGCCCCCAGCCUGCCACUGUGCCACUUUGCAUCCCACGCCAGAGGAGACAUUGAGGAGACCCGGUAAGGAAAUUGUGGUACAUUGGAACCGCCUCACCAUAGACUUCUGUUAUGCUUAGAAUGGUGUGUGCACCGGACUAUGAAACACAAUGUUAAGAUAAGAAAAUUCUUUUCAUGAAAGCACAUUAUUCCCAGAUCACCAGGCCAAGAUCAGAGAGCUAGAGGAAGACCUUGGAGCCACUGACAUUUUCUCUUUUGAUUCAUAUCAAAUAAGGUUUUUUAAUCAGUCUACAGACUAAAGACAUAUUUCAAGAGGAUCCUUAGAAGUCCUGGACAAGCCUCCCCACAUGUGGCAGGUGCUGUGCUGGCCAGUGGUGACCCAAAGAUGAUGAUAAAUAUGUUCCUGCCCACAAGGAGCUAGCAAUCUACUGGGCAUUCCUUUUGCUGAUGACACGAUUCCUGUUUGCAUCUGUUUACAAGAUUCUGAAAGCUAAACAGAGAAUUUGGGCGCUGCACUGGACAGGGAAAAGCAUUGCAAGCUAUAGAUACUAUCGAGGACAUCGGGAGUAGGAGAGAUUGGACUGGGAGACUCAACAGGAUGUCUUCCAAGCGACCAGCCUCUCCGUAUGGGGAAGCAGAUGGAGAGGUAGCCAUGGUGACAAGCAGACAGAAAGUGGAAGAAGAGGAGAGUGACGGGCUCCCAGCCUUUCACCUUCCCUUGCAUGUGAGUUUUUCCAACAAGCCUCACUCUGAGGAAUUUCAGCCAGUUUCUCUGCUGACGCAAGAGACUUGUGGCCAUAGGACUCCCACUUCUCAGCACAAUCCAAUGGAAGUUGAUGGCAAUAAAGUUAUGUCUUCAUUUGCCCCACACAACUCAUCUACCUCACCUCAGAAGGCAGAAGAAGGUGGGCGACAGAGUGGCGAGUCCGUGUCUAGUACAGCCCUGGGGACCCCCGAACGGCGCAAAGGCAGCUUAGCUGAUGUCGUGGACACCCUGAAGCAGAGGAAGAUGGAGGAGCUCAUCAAAAACGAGCCAGAAGAAACCCCCAGUAUUGAGAAGCUACUAUCAAAGGACUGGAAAGACAAGCUUCUUGCAAUGGGAUCAGGGAACUUUGGUGAAAUAAAAGGGACUCCUGAAAGCCUAGCUGAGAAGGAGAGGCAGCUCAUGGGUAUGAUCAAUCAGCUGACCAGCCUGCGCGAGCAGUUGUUGGCUGCCCAUGACGAGCAGAAGAAACUGGCUGCAUCUCAGAUCGAGAAGCAGCGCCAGCAGAUGGAGCUGGCCAAGCAGCAACAAGAACAGAUUGCCAGACAGCAGCAGCAACUUCUGCAGCAGCAACACAAAAUCAAUUUGCUUCAGCAACAGAUCCAGCAGGUUCAAGGUCAACUACCGCCAUUAAUGAUUCCCGUAUUCCCUCCUGAUCAACGGACACUGGCUGCUGCUGCCCAGCAAGGAUUCCUCCUCCCCCCAGGCUUCAGCUAUAAGGCUGGAUGUAGUGACCCUUACCCUGUUCAGCUGAUCCCAACUACCAUGGCAGCUGCUGCCGCAGCAACACCAGGCUUAGGCCCACUCCAACUGCAGCAGUUAUAUGCUGCCCAGCUAGCUGCAAUGCAGGUGUCUCCAGGAGGGAAGCUCCCGGGCAUAUCCCAAGGCAACCUUGGUGCUGCUGUAUCUCCUACCAGCAUUCACACAGACAAGAGCACAAACAGCCCACCACCCAAAAGCAAGGAUGAAGUGGCCCAGCCACUGAACCUAUCAGCCAAACCCAAGACCUCUGAUGGCAAAUCACCCACAUCACCCACCUCUCCCCAUAUGCCAGCUCUGAGAAUAAACAGUGGGGCAGGCCCCCUCAAAGCCUCUGUCCCAGCAGCGUUAGCUAGUCCUUCAGCCAGAGUUAGCACAAUAGGUUACUUAAAUGACCAUGAUGCUGUCACCAAGGCAAUCCAAGAGGCUCGGCAGAUGAAGGAGCAACUUCGGCGGGAACAACAGGUGCUUGAUGGGAAGGUGGCUGUUGUGAAUAGUCUAGGUCUCAAUAACUGCCGGACAGAAAAGGAAAAAACAACACUGGAGAGUCUGACUCAGCAGCUGGCAGUUAAACAGAAUGAAGAAGGAAAGUUUAGCCAUGCCAUGAUGGAUUUCAAUAUGAGUGGAGAUUCUGAUGGAAGUGCUGGAGUCUCAGAAUCAAGAAUUUAUAGGGAAUCCAGGGGGCGUGGUAGCAAUGAACCCCACAUAAAGCGUCCAAUGAAUGCCUUCAUGGUGUGGGCUAAAGAUGAACGAAGAAAAAUCCUUCAAGCCUUUCCUGACAUGCACAACUCCAACAUCAGCAAGAUAUUGGGGUCUCGCUGGAAAGCUAUGACAAACCUAGAGAAACAGCCAUAUUAUGAGGAGCAGGCCCGUCUCAGCAAGCAGCACCUGGAGAAGUACCCUGACUACAAAUACAAGCCCAGGCCCAAGCGCACCUGCCUCGUGGAUGGCAAAAAGCUGCGCAUAGGCGAAUACAAGGCAAUCAUGCGGAACAGGCGGCAGGAGAUGCGGCAGUACUUCAACGUUGGGCAACAAGCACAGAUCCCCAUCGCUACUGCUGGUGUUGUGUACCCGGGAGCCAUCACCAUGGCCGGAAUGCCCUCCCCUCACCUGCCCUCCGAGCACUCAAGCGUGUCUAGCAGCCCAGAGCCAGGGAUGCCCGUCAUCCAGAGCACUUACGGUGUGAAAGGAGAGGAGCCACAUAUCAAAGAAGAGAUACAGGCUGAGGACAUCAACGGAGAAAUCUAUGAUGAGUAUGAUGAGGAAGAGGAUGACCCAGAUGUAGAUUAUGGGAGUGACAGUGAAAACCAUAUCGCAGGACAAGCCAACUGAUAAGGGUCAAAAGAUUGUUGUGACCUUAGGACUUAAAGAAGCCCUAGCUGGUUCAUCCUUACCAGUGGCCAAGCACAUUAACUUUCUCAUACACUGACUGUUACUUUAACUGUUAGUCUUAAAUAGUUGGGACAUCAGCUGACUAAUAGACCUCAGCCUCAAAAGGCUUGGAAAGGAAACAAUAAUAACAACAACAACAAGCAAACAACAAUAUCAACAACAAGAGAUUGAAAUAAGCUAUGGGUAAAAUAAUGCCAGUAAUUCAGCUGCUACAUUCAAGCACUGAAGUCUUACCCGUCAACUUUUUUUUUUAAAUAAACUUUAUGGCUGUUUGUUCUACAAUGUUCUAGAAAUUCUCACUCAGGUACACAGUGCCAACAAGUGGCUUGUGAAUGUGUUUUGUUGUUUUGUGCUACAAUUUUUAAAAAGAAUUAAGUUUUGCUUUGUUUUGGGAGUUUUCUGGGGGUUUUCUUUUUCUUUUUCUUUCCUUUCCUGUUUUUUCUUUUCUUUUAUUUUUGUAAUGCACCUGACAGAAAAAAGAAAGACGAAUUUCUCUUUACUUCUCUCCACCUUCUCCAUCUCUGUACUUUAAAGAUGGAAGUCUGUGCGUAGGGUGGGGGAAGAGGAAAAAAGAGCCUGUUUUUAACUUCCUUGCUAUCCAUCACAAAAUAAGCAAUUAUUUUCUUUAGAGGACUCUAUCUAUUGCACACCACACUACAUCUUUGAGCAAGUGCCAAAUUUGUACUGAAGUGUUGACCCAGUGCAUUUCUUUCCUUUUCUUUUUCCUGUUCCUUCUUAAGUUAGGACAGUGUUAUAUCUUAGACAAUCCCUUGAAAAACCUGAAAUACCAGCAGCUGGUGAGAUUUGACUCUUUUUUUUUAAUGGAAACUGUAGGUGCUGUUCUCAGGUGAAAAGAGAGAGAGAGACAUAAGAAAUUUAGAGAAAAAUAUUUUCUGAUCUUGGAUUUGUGUGUGUGCGUAUGUACGUGUGUGACUAUGGUACUAAUAGGAAUAACGUUGGACCAUUGUGAGUUAAACCCACACCUGGGGAUGAAAUCCCACAUCCUCUUAAGUGACUGGUCUAGAAGCAACCUUGACCUUGACUUUGCACUUCAAAUGACAACUUAACCAAUAUAGGGCUCAGAAAUUAUAUUUUUAAAUUUCUAGUACAAUUAUUAUUGGAUGAAUCAGGUGGCCCUGUACAAGAAACGUGUGCAUGUAUAAUAUGGAAGCUACUAGCAAGCUGCUCCCAGAUGCCCCCUCUCCCUGGUCACUUGAUUUCACUAACGUUUGCUACUUAAUGAUUUCUGUUUGUUUUUCCUGUUGAUAACUUUGAGCAAAACAAUUGUUUUCCUUGACUAUAUUGCCCAUUUUGCAGAAAUAGAGAAUUAGCUUAUUUCUUCAACAUUCCCUCCUCUCCUGAUGAGGAAAUGGAACUGAUGAUUUCAUAAGGUGUUUUUCAUCUCUCCAUUACACGAGGUGGAGGCCAUUUGCAUUUCAGAAUUGUAGGCCACAUGCCUCUCAUGCCAAAAAGCAGGAUUUGAUUAAAAGUCAUCGCAGCCCAGCACAAUGGAGCCUGGCUGAACCCCACGAUCUUUGCCGUCACUCUUCCCUCACUGUAAGACGAAUCCACUGGAGUCCAAGUUUAGGUUCCAGCAGAGUACGUGCAUAGAGCGACAACGGAUGGUGACGGGACUGCUUAUUUAAAUUUUGCCAGCCAAAUGCUAAGGCAGUAGGGCUUGUAUAAAUAAAUGCAAACUUGUUUAAAGUCAGUUGCCAUUGUUCAUGCAGAAGUAUCAGACAGUAAAUGCUCCCACCGCUGGUUUGAUGCGCUAUGGUUUCAACUCCAGUCAUCGCUUUCUUAUCUUGCCCCCUUGAAACCUGACUCUAAAAUUUGAUUUUUACAUAUAAAUAAGGAAAAAAUCCUAUUUAUUUUUCUCUCUCUCAAAAGAUUUGCUCUGGGGUUUUGCUUGGAGGAGCUGAUCAUAUCCUGCAUGUCAGAGAUUUUGUUUUGUUUGUUUUUCUGUUUGUUUUUGAUGACUGUAUUUUCAUUUGAACUGCCUCUUUUUUGCUAGUGUUGUAAUAAUGAUGAUGAUGAUAAAAUAAUAAUAAUAAUAGUAAUAAUAAUAAUAAUGGUCAGCUGUUCCCAGAUUAGUAAGUUAUGUAUAAUUUAUUUCUCCCUUUCUAUUCUAUUCUGCUCUGAUUUGGAAGUGCAGCCAAUAAGCUGUUAGAUAUUUAAAGUGAAUUUCCACACAUACACACACACACACAUCUACCCAGAUAAUUUUACUGAUCCUUCCAUAAGUUUUCUCCUUUAAAAAAAAUUUGGCCCCAAUAAUGUCAAGUUCUGGUGUUUAAUACAAAGGAGUGAAUUAACAGGAGGGUCAUAGUCAAUCUUAAUUAACUUAUGCUCUCAUAGUCAUUUUAGUUAUUUAAUUGCCUCAGUCAUCUAGAGCCAACUUUUUUGUUUUUGUUUGUUUUAUUUUGUUUUUAAGCACUCUGGAUAAGAAAAAAUUAGACACUUGUUUUUAUAUCGUUAUUAUGUACAAUGUGAAAACAGAUUUUAAAAAAUUUGUUCUCCGUCUUCAUUAAGAAAUUCUCUCUGAUUUAUGUGGGUUCACCUCUCACGUUUGCUGGAUACUUACUUUACUCCAUGUUAUAAAAAUACUUGGUUUUCAUUUCAUGACUUUGGGCUACAAGAAUACUUUGUUUUAGCUCCAGGUAGAUGCCACUUGAGGGCAUUCAUGGCUGAAACCAAUUCUGACAUACACACCGGUGAAUCGACAAGACACCUCUGUCCUUUUUGUUUGUUUUUCAGUUGGUUGUAUUUAAAAGAGAAAAAUUGUUAAUGGCGACCUUUAACUGCUGAAAUUCGUAAGUUAAUUUUAUUUAGUUACAUUUAUAUUAUAAGAGACUAAACUGUUCAUGGACUGAAACAAAAAACAAGUCCACAUCCCAGCAUUACAGUCUCUUGCUCUGACAUCUCAUUGGUGUUACAAUUUCUUUGCCUUAGUUUUCCCCAAAAGAAACAAAAAAGUAUAUUAAUGUUUAAAGUGCUUUGAAGUUAUUUGAUAAAGGUGCUAUGGAUAGCAACAUACUGUGUUAACACAUUGCCUUUUUGGCAUUUGAUUGGUUUAUAACUUUUGUAAAGGAUCCUAAAACUUUGUAUGCUUUUUCUGUGCCCCGUGGUGACCAAAAAAGGUAAGGCAGAGGGAAUGAAAGUAAUAUCAAAGUAAAAUGAACAUAAUUCCCCUCCUCUUCCCUUCCUUUCCCUACUUCUGCAUUCACCCCUCUCUUUCCCCCCUCCCCCUCUCUCUCUCCCUCCUCCCUCCCCUCUGACACACACACACACACACACACACACACACACACACACACACACCCCCCAGAACUGAGGAAUAAUCUUGCUAGAAUUCUGCUUUUUACGGCUGUUGUACUCAGUUCCUCUGGAAAUUGUCACGUUGUAAUAUGAAUCUAAGAGAACAUUACAGGAGAAAAGGAAGUAAAUUUUGCUCAUUUAUAAGUUACUCAUAAUCCAGCUAGUUACUAUAAUUGAUUAAUAUACCAAAACUAUCCUUCAGCACCCAUAUACUUAAACUAGUUCAGUGAAUUUUUAACAUUUAUUUGGCAUCUGCAGUUAAGAGUUAACCAUGUAUAAAAUCCCAACCCCCCAAGAACAUAAUUAUUGUUGAAACCAAAACCUCUUAUAAGGAGCAAAUAUAAGUUUUCUUUGAUGAAAUCAUUUCAUAGCUUUGGUUUCUGGAGUAGACUUUUACCUUAAUUCAUUUAAAAGUAAUUAUCUCGAAGUAUUUCAUGGUCCAAUUUCAGAUAUUUUCUUAUUCCAGACGUUGUUACUGUUCCCGGAAGAAACUUCUUAUAUCACAUUGAAAACAUCACAAAUAAUUACAUUGUCAAUCAUUCUAAUAGGUAAAUUAUUGAAUUGUAAUAAACAACUAUAUAUUUACAAACAGGUUUAUAAAAUAUUUGUCUAUCAAGUUAAUAGUAAGAUAAAAAUUAUGGGGUCUGCAAAGAAAAAUAUGAAGCCCACUUAAAGUGGUUCAGAUAUCUCUUUGUCUUAUGGGGCCUAGGUUUUUGUUUAGACAGGCUUUUACGGUAUUUAAUUUUAAAAUCCCCUGUAACGAUCAGCUUCCCAGGUUGAAAAUGAUGUUGCGUUGAGUUUUCUACUGAUUGAUUCCUGUCCUCCCCAGUGUUUCCGUCACUGGUUCACGAAACAGUAUUUAUAUGGCUCCACCGGCUCUAAAGCUCGUCGUCCUUCUAACAUUUUGGAUUUUGUGAGUGAAAAUGGUAAAAAAGUAGAAAAGAGACAAUCAAAUGCCUGGAGCUUAAAACAAAGUAUGUGCAACCUACCAUCUCACUUGAAAUUUAAUAAAAUAAAUAAUUAUGUAAAUAUAACAUAGAGUUAUAGAUUUAUAUUUUGUUCAUAACACAUAGUGUAAUAUAAGUUGUAUAUUUUCAUGUUUUUGGUUUUAUGUUAUCAUUCAUGCCACAAUAAAAAUAAAACAGGAGUUUAUGUGCUCUUAAAAAAAAAGAUGUGGGUUGCCACCAACCUGUUUUUGUUUUUGUUUUUUUUGUUUUUGCAUUCUCUUUUUUUCAGUAUUACUGCCAUGCAAGGCACCAAUAAA